AUGUCGAAAGAAUGCUACUCGGGGGUUUCAUCGGGGGGCUCACAGCUUCGUAGGUCCUUCAAAGAAACCCGAAGUUCAAAUCACUCUUUGACCAACUUGGCUUUGGGCCUCAAGCAAGAGAAGCAGCUUGCUGUAGCUCUUAUGAAUAUCUCUGCGGAGUCUAACCCUCAUUGCUUUACCGCUCAACCACAAAGGUCAUUUUUGGGAAAUGACAAUGCUAUUGUCUUCACGGAUGAAGACAUGGAAGUUCCAUACCCGGAUCGUAGGAGGCCGUUUUAUUUGGAGGGACAAAUCAACGAUGUGUUUAUAAAAAGAGCUUUGGUAGACACGGGUUCCUCUGUCAACAUAUUACCUCUGUCUGUUCUUACGGCAGCUGGUAUCCCAUUAUCCAAAAUUGUCCAAUUACAAACAAGCAUCAGCGGUUUCGGAAAUAAGAGUGAGGUCACAGUUGGGCAUGUGCAAGUAAAUUUGAAGGUUGGGCCGAUUCGGUCACUUACCAAGUUCUAUGUCAAAGAUGAAGCUCACUACUCCGAGGCAGAAUUCUACACUGAAUGCACAAGUGCUGGAAGCAACCCAUCCAAGGAUUUCGGGACCUACCUUCCUUCGUGGACUGAAAUUCGUGAUCUAAGCAAUGAGGAGCUCAUCACCAUUGUCGAUCGAGAGAGGAAGAGGCACUCGGAGAUCAACAAUCAUGCCUAUGAUUAUCCCUAA